AUGACGAAGGCCAACAUGUGGCCUGAGAAUCCAUAUGUGAUGCUGCGGCCGAACCACCAAGACCUGGAGGGAAACGACCGCUAUGAAGGCUUCUGCGUGGACAUGCUAAAGGAGCUGGCAGAUAUCCUCAAGUUCAAGUACCGCAUCAGGCUGGUGGGCGACGGACUGUACGGGGUUCCUGGGGCCAAUGGAACAUGGACCGGCAUGGUCGGAGAGCUCAUCUCAAGGAAAGCUGACCUGGCAGUCGCGGGCCUCACUAUCACAGCAGAGCGUGAAAAGGUCAUCGACUUCUCCAAGCCCUUCAUGACCCUCGGCAUCAGCAUCAUGUACCGUGUCCACCUGGGACGUAGGCCAGGCUACUUCUCCUUCCUGGAUCCCUUCUCCCCUGGUGUCUGGCUCUUCAUGCUUCUGGCCUACUUGGCUGUCAGCUGCGUCCUCUUUCUGGUGGCCAGAUUGACACCUUAUGAGUGGUACAACCCCCACCCCUGUCUAAAGGGUCGCUGUAACCUGCUGAUCAACCAGUAUUCACUUGGCAACAGUUUCUGGUUCCCUGUUGGAGGCUUUAUGCAGCAAGGAUCCACUAUUGCUCCCAGAGCUCUGUCCACACGUUGUGUCAGCGGAGUGUGGUGGGCCUUCACAUUAAUCAUCAUUUCAUCCUACACCGCCAACCUGGCUGCCUUCCUUACAGUCCAGAGGAUGGAGGUGCCGAUAGAGUCAGUAGACGACCUGGCAGAUCAGACGGCGAUAGAGUACGGCACCAUGCACGGAGGAUCCACAAUGACCUUCUUCCAGAACUCUCGCUACCAGACCUACCAGCGUAUGUGGAACUUCAUGCACUCAAAACAGCCCAGCGUGUUCGUGAAGAGCACGGAGGAGGGCAUCGCCCGUGUCCUCAACUCCAAUUACGCCUACUUGCUAGAGAGCACCAUGAACGAGUACUACCGCCAGAGGAACUGCAACCUGACUCAGAUUGGAGGACUGCUGGACACCAAGGGCUAUGGCAUCGGCAUGCCACUGGGUUCAGUGUACCGUGAUGAGUUUGACCUGGCCAUCCUGAAAAUGCAGGAGGACAAUCGUUUGGAGAUCCUCAAGAGGAAGUGGUGGGAUGGUGGCAAGUGUCCAAAGGAGGAGGACCACCGUGCCAAAGGUCUGGGCAUGGAGAACAUCGGCGGCAUCUUCGUGGUGCUGGUGUGUGGCCUGCUGGUGGCUAUCUUCAUGGCAGUGCUGGAGUUUGUCUGGAUGUUAAGACAGGCGCCAGGAAAUGAGCAGUCAGUGUGUGAGGAGAUGCUGCGGGAGCUCCAUGGGAUCGUGCUGUGUCGCGACAGCCUGCAGGUGAGGCGCCGGCGGGCGGCUUUGAUGCUGCGGCCGCGACCUUUGCCCCUGGAGGAGCGUCGGGCGCGAGCUGCCGCCGUCAGUCUCAGCAACGGCAAGCUGUGCGGGGGCACCGGACUGCCUGAACCCCUCUCCCACAGACUGGCACAGGAGGCUGCCCUAGUUGCGAGGGGGUGCAGCCACAUCCGCAUUUGCCCCGAGUGCCGGCGCUUCCAGGGACUGAGGAUGCGUCCCGCGGGGGCCACUGGGACCCUCCCCUCUCCUACGCACAGUGAGGAGAGCAUAGAGUGGGAUAAGACCACAAAUAGCAGUGAACCUGAAUAA